AUGUCUGGUCGAGGUAAGAAGGUUCAGAAAGCUGCAGCUGGUAAAGGCUCCAAAUCCGCUAAGGCAGGUCUCCAGUUCCCAGUUGGCCGCGUCCACCGCUUUCUGAGGAAGGGGAACUAUGCAGAUAGGAUUGGUUCUGGAGCCAGCAUCUAUUUAGCAGCCACACUGGAAUACCUAUGUGCUGAGGUCCUGGAGCUGGCUGGAAAUGCAGCCAGAGACAAUAAGAAAUCCCGGAUCUUUCCCCGACAUAUACAGUUGGCUGUUAGGAAUGAUGAAGAACUGUCCAAGCUGUUUGAUAACAUCACUAUUGCUGAUGGUGGGGUGUUGCCAAAUAUAAAUACUGCUCUAUUGCCAAAGAAGUCUUCAAGAGGCCCAUCGUCUGAGGAGCCUAAAGUCGCAGAAUCACAGGAGUUUUGA